UACGUUUAAUUGUCAAUAAGCAGUCAUAAGAAACGCACGCAUGCGUCGUUAAUAAGCGUAAAACUGUUUUAAAUUUUAUGGACGGUUUUUUUAUAUACAAAUUACAAGUAUUUAAAUUAAUUAAAGAAAAACGUUGCAAAAACAAAAUUUACAAAAAAAAAAAAACGUGAGAAAAACAAUAAAAAAUAUAUAUAAGAUUCUUCAGUUUGAAUUUGAGAUGCCUGCAUCAUGUCGCAUUUGAAUAUUGUCAUAAUAAGUUUGCUGUCAAUUGUCAGUUUGUCCUGGGGACAAAAUUUUGUUGACUUGGCUCGUGAUUUGGAAACAUCUUUAUUAAAUACUCGUUUACCGGAUACACAAAUAUUUUUGCCAGAGUAUGAUUUUAUUAUAAUUGGUGCUGGUUCGGGUGGUUGUGUGGUGGCGAAUCGUUUGAGCGAAAUACAAAAUGCCACAGUGUUGCUUUUGGAGGCCGGGGAUCAGGAAACUUUCAUCAGUGAUGUACCUUUAACAGCAGCUCUCACUCAAAUGACCCGUUAUAAUUGGGGUUACAAGUCUGAUCCCACACCAAAUGCUUGCCAGGGUUUAAAGGAUGGUGUGUGUAAUUGGCCCAAGGGCAGAGGUGUGGGUGGUACUAGUCUUAUAAAUUUCAUGCUUUACACCCGGGGCCAUCGCAAGGAUUAUGACCACUGGUCUCAAUUGGGCAAUAAAGGCUGGAGUUAUGAUGAGGUUCUGCCAUAUUUUAAGAAAUCGGAACAUAUGGAAAUUGAGGAAUUAAGAAAAUCCAAAUAUCAUGGCACCAAAGGUCCUUUAAAUGUCUGCUACACUGAUUAUAAAUCAAAACUACUGAAAGCUUUUUUAAAAUCUAGCCAUGAAAUGGGCUACAAUAUAACCGAUCCCAAUGGUGAGCAUAUGUUGGGAUUUAGUCGUUCUCAAGCUACUUUACAAAACGGCCGCCGAUGCAGUUCCGGCAAAGCAUUUAUUAAACCCAUUGUACAUCGUCAAAAUUUGCAUUUAUCUAUGAAAUCAAGGGUAACUAAAAUUGUAAUAGAAACCUCCAAAAAGUCUCAAAAACUUAAAGCUCGUGCAGUAGAAUUUAUUAAAAAUCGCCAAAGAUUUGUAAUACGUGCCAAAAAGGAAAUAAUAUUAUCGGCUGGUUCGAUAGCCUCACCACAACUAUUAAUGCUAUCGGGCAUAGGGCCCAAACAAAAUCUUAAGCAACACAAUAUAACUGUAAUUAAGGAUCUGAAAGUGGGCUACAAUCUGCAAGAUCAUAUAACACUAAAUGGUUUGGUGUUCUCCAUCAAUGAUAGUACGGUAAACGAUCGUAGACUAAUGAAUCCCACCGAUAUUUUACAAUAUAUAUUACAAGGUAAAGGACCUUAUACUAUACCAGGAGGAGCAGAAGCAUUUGCUUUUGUAAGAACGCCUUCAUCGGCUUUUGAUAAGGACUAUUCUGAUAUGGAAAUCGUUUUGGGGGCUGGUUCUCUAAGCGGUGAUCAUAUGGGUUCCAUGAGAGAUCUUUUGGGUAUAUCGGAUGAGUUUUAUCAAACAGUUUAUCAAGGAUUACACGAUAAAGAAACUUUUGGCUUGGUACCGGUGUUAUUAAGACCCAAGAGUAAAGGACGUAUUUCUUUGCGCAGUGCUAAUCCCUUUCAUUGGCCCAAAAUGGAACCAAAUUUCAUGCAAGAUCCCGAUGAUGUAAGAGCCAUGAUAGAGGGUGUAAAAUUGAUCUUGAAAUUAACCGAAACUAAAGCGAUGCGUAGAAUUGGCACUCAAUUUAAUCGUAAUCCCUUUUUGGGUUGUGAACAUCUUCCGUUUUCAUCCGAUAGUUAUUGGAAAUGUUGUCUACGUUUGUACGGUUCCAGUUUACAGCAUCAAUCGGGUACUUGUAAAAUGGGUCCAUCAUCUGAUCCAGAGGCUGUGGUUGAUCCUCAGUUAAGGGUAUAUGGUAUUGAUAAUCUGCGCGUUGCAGAUGCCUCCAUAAUGCCCAAUAUACCAGCUGGUCAUACAAAUGCCAUUGUUAUAAUGAUUGCCGAAAAAGCAGCCGAUAUGAUUAAGAAUAGUUGGCGAAUGAAAACGAAUUGAUAGAUCAAAUCGAUGUGUUCAGUUAAUGUAGCUCUUUUUAAAUUGUAAAUAUUUAUUUUUCGAUAGGUAUUUAUGUAUCUUUGUAUAUUAUUUAAUUUUUAAGUUGAAUUGUGAUAAAAUAGAAUAGUUUUUUUAAUAA